GCCCGGCCCCGGCCGCCCCGGCCGCACAACAAUGACUUUGGGCAGCAGCGGCGGCGGCGGCUGCGGGAUCAUGUCCGAGCGCUCCCCGGAGGAAGAGCCGCUCUCCGAGGUGGAGGACGCGGAUAUCGACGUGGUGGGCCCGCCCCAGGAUGGGGGCAAGUACAGCGAGGAGGAGGAGGAGGACGAGGACGACGAGGAGGAGGACGAGGAGGACGGCGGCGGUCCGCUGGGGCCGGCGCUGCCGCGGAGCGGGGCCGCCAAGGCGCGCAUGGGGGGGUCCCCGGAGCGGCUGUCCCCCGCCGGCGGCUCGGAGCCGGCCUGCGCCCGCGGCGCCGCGCCCGGGGAGAAGGCGCCCGCGGGCGGCGGCGGCGGCGCGGGGGGGAAGAACCCGCUGGUGAAGCCGCCCUACUCGUACAUCGCCCUCAUCACCAUGGCCAUCCUGCAGAGCCCCAAGAAGCGGCUGACGCUGAGCGAGAUCUGCGAGUUCAUCAGCGGGCGCUUCCCGUACUACCGGGAGAAGUUCCCCGCCUGGCAGAACAGCAUCCGCCACAACCUCUCCCUCAACGACUGCUUCGUCAAGAUCCCCCGGGAGCCCGGCAACCCGGGCAAGGGCAACUACUGGACGCUGGACCCCGAGUCCGCCGACAUGUUCGACAACGGGAGCUUCCUGCGCCGGAGGAAGCGCUUCAAGCGGCAGCAGCAGCUGCACCCGCCGCACCCCGAGCUGCUGCUGCGGGCCGGGGCCGCCGACCCCGCCGCCUUCCUGCCCGGCUUCGCCUACGGACCCUACGGCUACAACUACGGCCUGCAGCUCCAGGUACCCCCACCACCACCACCACCAUCCCGGUGGCGGAGGCGGCGGCGCCGCGGCGCCUUCCCCUUCCCGGCGCCGCACUGCCCGUUACCGGCUCCGCCGCCUCCCGCCGCCGCCUCCGUCUUCUCCGCCGCCUCGGGGCUGCCCUCCUUCCUGGGCGGCGAGCUGAACUGCAGGAAGUCCUUCUACCACCCCCAGCUGAGCCCCACCGCCCUGCCCGCCGCCCUCCUCCAGACCCUCAAGCCGGACCCCUCGCCCGCCGGCGGCGGUGGCGGCGGCGGCACCAACCACCCCUCCCGGCCCUCUUUUUCCAUAGACAACAUCAUCGGGGGGGCCGUGCCCCCGCCGCCCAGCACCAACCCCAGCGUCGCGCCCGCCGCGCCCUACCCCGCCGGCCAGGCGGGCCCCCCGGCGCAGGUCCUGGCCGUGCUCAGCCCCGCCUUGGCCCCGGCACAGCCCCAGGUCAGCCUGGCACACGAGCCGCUCCUCCAGCCGGCCCAGAACUUUUCCAGUAAAAUCACAACCCUCAGCAGCUGUCAUUUUUAAAGUGUGCUGGGGACUGGGGAAGGGGAGGGGGAUUGGGGGGAGAGUCGCGAAGCAAACGGCCCCUUUCCAGCUCUCCUCCGCUCCUCCGAAACUGCUCCCCCUUCCCUCUCCCCGUGUCCCCCCCCCUCCCAUCUCCUCCUGUUGUGUUUUAAAGACAUUCAAAUGCACGUUUGAAAGAAAAUCGGAUCCGUCAGGAAGUUCGGAGAAUUCCCGUACUAUUUUUUUUUUUUUUUUAAAUCCCCGUUUCCCCACCCCCUCCAUGCGUGGGUUUUUUGGUGUAUUGGUAAUUAUUUGUAUAUAGAUUAUUCGGGAGCUAAUGAGCGGAGUCCAGUUAACUCUUCACUGGUUGUGCAUCCGUCAUAUCUAUUUUAUUGAGAGAAUCUGUGAAUAAUUUGAUGUGGAAAAGGCAACAGAAUUUUGUCCACCGUUGGUGUAAAUUAAUAAAUGUUUGU